CGGAAAUACCGACCACUUUUUUCACUUAAUUACCAUAUUCACAUUCCUUUUUCUCGCCAAAAUAAUCUAAGGAAUCGCGCUUUUAAAGAUGUUCCCCCUAAAAUCCAAACCGGACUACUUCUCUCCUUUACCAGCGGAACAACAUUUAAUCUGUUCGCCGCCUCACUCAGACGAUCGAUUCUUGGCGGAAGAACACAAGAUGGCUAGAGCAACAUCGGAAAGAGAUCCCUAGAGUUUGUAACGGAGACUGAGAAGUGAAAGAAAAAAAAUUAGCCACAGCUUAUUUACAUUUCUUUCCCCUUACCGACAUGAUCUGCAUGAUUGGUCACUCUGUGUCCACCUGCGUGCAAAGUGUCCACUCCAUCAGUUCUUACCUCCUGAAACAUUUACUCCUGACCGAAGGCAUACUGAAAAAUUCUGUCCCUUCCUUGAACGCAGCUGGCCACUCCAACGCUCAUAAUUUAAGCCUCAACAUGUCCACUGAUGAAAUCAAUCAGCAGACAGUACAAACAUUAUCCCUACCUGAGGAACAACAGUGGCUGGAAACAGAUCGCAACACUUUCAUAACCAAAAGAAUCCAAGAUAUUGUUCAAUCCUUCCAUUACAGAACAGAAAAGGCUAAAGAAAAACUAGUACAGCCACCAACACCUUCACCAUCUCCACCACCUGAAACUUCCAGUGAAUAUGAGAUGACGCCUAUCAACAAGCCUCGUUUAAGGCUUCAAUCUCUAAUAGAGGAUGACAAAAUAUCUGCCGACCUUCACAGUCUGAGUAUGAAAAUUUUGUGCUGCACAAUCAAAAAGAAAUUCAUUCCCGUCUUUCCCACCAUCAUUGAUCCUCAAAGUAAAUUGUACAUUUCGUGGUUAUUCCUUGUCAUGGUGAGUUAUUCGUACAAUGCCUGGUCCAUCAUUUUACUUUCGGUGUUUCCUUAUCAAACAGCAGAAAACAAGCCUAUUUUCCUUGCAUUUGACUAUAUUGCUGACAUCAUCUACCUCUUAGACAUCGCACUCUUCAAAGUACGGCUGCAGUUCCUUCACGAUGGAUUUUGGGUGGAAGAUUAUCAGCGAACAAAAAAGAAUUAUUUUAAGAAAAGAGAAUUUAAGUUGGAUUUGUUCGCGUUGCUUCCUUUAGAUCUUUGUUAUUUCAUUUAUGGAGUAAAUCCUUUAUUUCGUCUCCCUCGCCUUUUAAAGGUUCAAACCUUUUGGGAAUUUUUUAAUCGUGUAGAUGCUGUUACAAAGACGCCUUAUGUGAUAAGGAUAAUUCGUACCUUGAUGUACAUGAUGUACCUGAUCCACUUGAAUGCUUGUGCCUAUUACGCCAUGUCCCUCUGGGAGGGGAUUGGCUCCAAUAAAUGGGUAUUCCAAGGAGUUGGAAAUGCUUACAUACGUUGUUUUUAUUUCGCUACAAAGACCGCAACGUCCAUAGGAAAAAAUCCAAAGCCUGAAAAUGAAAUUGAAUAUAUAUUCAUGACUAUAUCAUGGCUCAUGGGUGUCUUCAUAUUCGCUUUUCUAGUUGGGCAGAUUCGUGAUAUAGUGGCAACAGCAACUCAGGGAAGAACGCAGUACAGACAGUUGAUGGAUCAAACAGUCAUGUAUAUGAGGAACUUGAACCUUCCUGAUGAAUUGCAGAGGAGAGUAAGAAUGUGGCUCAAUCAUAACUGGGAACAACAAAAGACUUUCGAUGUAAGCAAGAUUUUAGAUACUCUUCCGAGAAAAAUGAAGACGGAUAUAGCUAUCAAUGUGCAUUAUAAAACGUUAGUUAAAGUUCAACUUUUCAAGGAUUGUGAUAAAGCCCUCCUCAGAGAUUUAGUGCUGCAACUUAAACCUGUACUGUUUCUGCCUGGUGAUUAUAUAUGCAAGAAGGGUGAAGUUGGAAAGGAAAUGUAUAUUGUAAAUAAAGGAAUGGUAGAAGUCCUAGGGGGUGACAAGGGAGAAUUGGUGCUAGCAACGUUGACAAAAGGAAGUGUUUUCGGUGAAAUAAGUUUACUUGGAAUUCCAGGUUGUAACAGGAGAACUGCUGAUGUUAGAAGCAAAGGAUUUUCCAAUCUUUUUGUGCUUGGUAAAGACGACUUAUGGGAGGCUCUGAAAAACUACCCGGAAGCUCAAAAGGUUCUGAGAAAGAAAGCAAAGAACAUUAUAAAGGAAAAUGAAGCGAGAGUAAAAUCUAAUAAAUCACCUGAGGAAGAACCAGCAAUACAAAAUGAACAAGUAAAACAAGAAGAUGCGCCAACAAGUACUCCUAAAUUAGUUCGAACAGUAUUACAAAUGCUUCCAAAAUCAGCUCACCGAGUUCAGCCGCAAGCAAAUCCUUCUGCAACAGGUUUGUUUUUAAACAACACAGAUGACACAACCUCGAAGCAUUCUACUAUUAUCAAAACAGCAGAAAAUGUGUCGAUAGCCACAAUAGAAAAUAACGAAGUAUACAGCAAAGAAAAUACCCCAGCAAAUAAAUCAAAAACGCGUUCAAUGAGUGACGGUAAUUUAUUGAGACAGCCUGCAUUCAAGAAAAUAACCAAAGAAAAAUCUUCAAAUCUGUUGUCUUCGCAAAGAGCUUCUUCAGCAAAAUCCGAGCCAUGCACCUACUUCCAUCCAAAUUUCGCUGACGAUAAUUGCAAUAGUUCCAGAAACAUUUCUAAUCCCCUUAGGUAUCGAAAGUCGUUAUCAAGAGAAAACAGUAUCGAUUUUUCACAUAGACACCAACGUUCUUUUGAUCACCUAAAUUUGACCUCAGAAGAAAACUUUCAAUCAUUUGCUUUUCGAAACCAAUACGGUGAACGAUACUUUAAAGAUGAUUCAUUCGAUAACUCCAGCGAAGUGUGCAGCACUAGCACUCAAAAACUGGCGAUGGACAACAGUGACGAAGAUAACUCCUAUCUCUGUUGGACAUCUAGUUCAUCGUCAAUACCAUACUUGGGUGAGCUUUUCCAACAAGGCAGUACCGAAACACACAUUUCAACAAAAAGAAGUUCCUUGGAAGCAUCAACAUCUAAAAUUCGCAAAGAAAGCAUCGUUAAUCCAGAUUUAUUGAACAACACUGCUUCAGAUCACAGCAGCUCUUCCUCAAUACCGUGUCUCAGCCAUUUCUUUCAAAGUGAUAACAGCAGUCAAUCCAGCAGUAACAAGGAUAUUCCGCUAUCACCUAUUAUCAGACACGAAACAAUAAAUACCAUCCACAGACCAGGUAGUUCUACCAGCAAUAGCAGCUCAGUGGGAUACGAUAAUUUGGGUUAUGUACCUGCAAGUAUUCUGUCCAGAAGAUCGUCUAUUUUAAGCGACAUAUCAGGAUGAAGUCACCUUAGACCUUUUCUUAUUUAACAGACAGUAUUUUCCCUGGGAGGCAUUAUUAAGCGAUGGCUUAGAAAACGCACACUGUUCUCAUGUUAAUGAUGCAACGUUUUUAACACAGUUUGUUGAUUUUAGAUAGCCUUUUAAAUCUUGCAAUAAAAUAAACACUGAACAAA